CUUGGACCUGCGGCCACAGUCUCAUGCCAUGGAUCGCCAUCUCUGCAUUUGUCGCGAGAUCCAGCUCCGGAGUGGCCUCCUGUUCCCUUUUCUUCUACUAAUGAUGCUGGCAGACCUAGCGCUCCCGGCCCAACGUCACCCCCCGGUGGUGCUGGUGCCUGGUGAUUUGGGUAACCAGUUGGAAGCAAAGCUGGAUAAGCCAAAGGUUGUACACUACCUGUGCUCCAAGAGGACGGACAGUUACUUCACACUCUGGCUGAAUCUUGAACUGCUCCUGCCAGUUAUCAUUGACUGCUGGAUUGACAAUAUCAGGCUGGUUUACAACAGAACAUCUCGGACUACCCAGUUUCCUGAUGGUGUAGAUGUGCGUGUUCCUGGCUUUGGGGAAACAUUUUCUCUGGAAUUCCUAGACCCAAGCAAAAGGAACGUGGGUUCCUAUUUCUACACUAUGGUGGAGAGUCUUGUGGGCUGGGGCUACACACGGGGGGAAGAUGUCCGUGGUGCUCCCUAUGAUUGGCGCAGAGCCCCAAAUGAAAACGGGCCUUACUUCUUGGCCCUCCAAGAGAUGAUCGAGGAGAUGUACCAGAUGUAUGGGGGCCCCGUGGUGCUGGUCGCCCACAGCAUGGGCAACAUGUACAUGCUCUACUUUCUGCAGCGGCAACCACAGGCCUGGAAGGACAAGUAUAUCCAAGCCUUCGUCUCACUGGGUGCGCCCUGGGGGGGCGUGGCCAAGACCCUGCGUGUCCUGGCCUCAGGAGACAACAACCGUAUCCCUGUCAUUGGGCCACUGAAGAUCCGGGAACAGCAGCGAUCUGCAGUCUCCACCAGCUGGCUACUGCCGUACAACCACACGUGGUCACAUGAAAAGGUGUUUGUGUACACACCCACAGCUAACUACACACUCCGGGACUAUCACCGGUUCUUCCAAGACAUCGGCUUUGAAGACGGCUGGUUCAUGAGGCAGGACACACAAGGGCUGGUGGAAGCCCUGGUACCGCCUGGUGUAGAGCUGCACUGCCUGUACGGGACCGGUGUUCCCACACCAAACUCUUUCUACUACGAGAACUUUCCUGAUCGUGACCCAAAAAUCUGCUUUGGGGAUGGUGACGGCACAGUGAACUUGGAGAGUGUCCUGCAGUGCCAAGCCUGGCAGAGCCGCCAAGAGCACAAAGUGUCAUUGCAGGAGCUGCCAGGGAGCGAACACAUUGAGAUGCUGGCCAAUGCCACUACCUUGGCUUAUCUGAAACGUGUGCUUCUAGAAGAACCUUGAUUUCCUGUGCCAGGCAAGGCUGCUGCAUGGCUGGACCACGGAGCUUCUCUUGGCCUCUCUGACUCUUUCAUGGUCUGCAAACCUGGCAAAGUUUGUGACCGUCAUCCAAGGUCCUAAGUCUUAGGAGGCAUCUGCCUCAGGGGAAAUGCUAUUUCUCAACCUUCUUAUGUAGAAUGGCAAUGAAGAAGGAAGAAGAAGUGAGUGUGGACUCAGAGGACAUUUGAUGGAAAGAAUGCUGCUACUGAUGCUGAAUUGUGACCUCACGCUGGCUCUGGAGGCUGGAUUGUUUGUCCCUAACUUGGGCCAUGCAAUCCUCUUAUCUUCUCUGGUCUUUCUACUCUAGCUCACUGGGCCCUAGCCUUCCUGUGAGUGAGGGAUGUUAGUUACUGAGCUGACGUCCUGUCAUAGAAGGUUCCACAGAGAUCCUCGGGUGACCUUCCCCCAUACUGGCCUCAGGUUGCCUACUGCACUGGCCGUAGGUGGCUAGAGCUGCUGGCUUCCCUGUGACCUCACUGGUAGGCAUUCUGAGUGUGGGGUCUUCUGGAGGCAGUCAGGUAAACCCCCUGCAGGCAGGGCAGUUGGUCGUGUCUCCCUGAUUCCUUCGGGUUGGGUUAUUUACAGUCCGUUCCUACCUCUCAUUUAGUGGCAUCCUAGCUCUGGACUGGACAGCAGAGGACCUCUCAAUUCUGGGGGCCAUGUCCUAGGAUUCCUGAUCUCCCUGCCCGUGAUGCAGGUUCCAGUACUGAAGCUGGUUCUGUUGGUUCUGGGACUGUAGUUUAAGAGGGGCGGGGCCUAAUGUCAUGCCUUCUCUUAAGGUCCUAGGAAGAAAACGAGCUCAAGGGAAUAACCAUGCUUGCUUAGAGCUUCCCAUGAGCCACCUUCUUGAGAAUUCCACCACCAUGGUGCGCCCUGCUCUGGGGCCUUUCUACCAUCUACUUGGGCUGUCACAGGGUUGAGAGGUGGUAGAGUCCCUGCCCAACACUUGCUACCAGCUGAAUGGGUUUUGGUUUGCGGGGAAACAGUCCAGAGAUUUGAAAGGGCCCCCAAGAGAGCUAGGAACUUAGAGUCCCAGCUAGGGGCUUUUGUUUGUUUGUCCCAGGGAUGCCACAUAGUCUCUGUGACAGCAGGGAUGGGGAAUCUCGGCCUGCCUUAGGGACAGUGGACCUGACUAUAAGCUUGGAUCAGCUUUUAGGUCAGGGUCUCAAAACCACUUGGAGGCUGGACCACACUGCCUUCCCAUACCGUUUCUGGCGCUGGACUUACCUUGUUAAGCACAUUCCUAUCAUCUGUCCCUCACCUGAGUGGUGGGACCCCCACUCUGGGUCCUGAGCAAGCUGUACCUCGAUUUUGGCAAUAAAAGUAUUCUGGAUGCUGUAA